UCCUCGCGAGCCUGGGCGCGGCGGCGGCGGGAUGUGGCGCGCGGCGGGGCCCCGCCCGCGCGGCUGAGGCGGAGUCGUUGCCGUUGCCGUUGCCGUUACGCCGAGCGGGACCCGGCGGUUAGUGCGGGCCGGGAGCGGAGAGUCCUCUGGUGUGAUGGACAGGUAGCAGAAGGUUUCACUUGGCUAACAGGGACCCAGAAUGACCGAGUGCUUCCUGCCUCCCACCAGCAGCCCCAGCGAGCACCGCCGGGUGGAGCACAGCGGGGGGCUGGCUCGUACUCCCAGCUCUGAAGAAAUCAGUCCUACCAAAUUCCCUGGGUUGUACCGCACCGGUGAGCCUUCGCCACCUCACGACAGCCUGCAUGAGCCUCCCGAUAUAAUAUCUGAUGAUGAAAAGGAGCACGGGAAGAAGAAAGGAAAAUUUAAGAAGAAAGAAAAAAGAACGGAAGGUUACGCUGCCUUUCAAGAGGACAGUUCCGGCGAUGAAGCCGAGAGCCCCUCCAAGCUGAAGCGGUCCAAGGGGAUACAUGUCUUCAAGAAACCCAGUUUCUCCAAAAAAAAGGAAAAGGAUUUCAAAGUAAAAGAGAAACCCAAAGAUGAAAAACACAAGGAGGACAAACACAAGGAGGACAAACACAAAGAGAAGAAGUCGAAAGACUUAACGGCAGCAGACGUGGUAAAACAGUGGAAAGAGAAGAAGAAAAAGAAGAAGCCCAUUCAGGAGGCAGAGAUACCUCAGGUGGAGGUCCCGAGCCACAGGCCUGUGUUCGGCAUCCCCCUGUCGGACGCGGUGGACAGGACCAUGCUGUACGACGGCGUCCGCCUGCCUGCCGUCUUCCGGGAGUGCAUCGACUACGUGGAGAAGUACGGCAUGAAGUGCGAGGGCAUCUACAGGGUCUCAGGCAUCAAAUCAAAAGUGGACGAGCUGAAAGCAGCCUACGAUCGAGAGGAAUCUCCCAACCUGGAGGAAUAUGAGCCCAACACAGUAGCCAGCUUGCUGAAGCAGUACCUGCGAGAGCUGCCUGAGAACCUGCUGACCAAAGAGCUCAUGCCCCGCUUUGAAGACGCUUGCGGGAAGAGCACAGAAGCUGAGAAAGUUCAGGAGUGCCAGAGGCUGCUGAAGGAGCUGCCAGAGUGCAACCACCUCCUCAUUUCUUGGCUGAUUGUGCACAUGGACCACGUUAUUGCCAAGGAACUGGAAACAAAAAUGAACAUCCAGAAUAUUUCUAUAGUGCUCAGCCCCACUGUCCAGAUCAGUAACCGUGUCCUGUAUGUGUUUUUCACACACGUCCAAGAGUUCUUUGGGAACAUCACCCUGAAGCAGGUGACAAAACCUCUUCGCUGGUCGAACAUGGCAACAAUGCCAGCACUUCCAGAAACACAGGAGAGCAUCAAGGAAGAAAUCAGGAGACAGGAAUUCCUCCUGAACUGUUUACACAGAGACUUGCAGGCAGGGAUAAAAGACCUAUCCAAAGAAGAGAGACUCUGGGAGGUGCAAAGAAUUUUAACAGCUCUUAAGAGGAAACUAAGGGAAGCAAAGAGACAGGAGUGUGAGACCAAGAUUGCACAGGAGAUCGCUAGCCUUUCCAAGGAGGAUGUCUCCAAAGAGGAAAUGAAUGAGAAUGAAGAAGUCAUCAACAUUCUGCUGGCACAGGAGAACGAGAUUUUAACGGAGCAGGAAGAGCUGCUGGCCAUGGAGCAGUUCCUCCGGAGACAGAUUGCCUCGGAGAAGGAGGAGAUCGACCGGCUCCGAGCUGAAAUAGCUGAAAUACAAAGUCGCCAGCAGCACGGCCGGAGUGAAACCGAGGAGUAUUCUUCUGAGAGCGAAAGCGAGAGUGAAGAUGAGGAGGAACUGCAGGUCAUUCUGGAGGAUCUGCAGAGGCAGAAUGAGGACCUAGAGAUAAAGAACAACCACCUGAACCAAGCGAUCCACGAGGAGCGUGAGGCCAUCAUCGAGCUGCGGGUGCAGCUUCGCCUGCUGCAGCAAGCGAAAUCGGAGCAGCAGGUGCAGGAAGAAGAGGAGCCAGAAAAACGUGGGGGUGGUCCUCAGCAGCAGCAACAGCAGCAAAGAGACACUGUCCUGGAGACAAAAGCAGCCAAAGAGCAGCCAAAAGCAAGCAAGGAGCAGCAGGUGAAGCCAUCGCCGAGCAAAGACAGGAAGGAAACUCCGAUUUGAUCUGGCUCCUCAAACAUGCAUUAAACAAAGCAAACUGUGCGAAUUACUGUACCGGGAGGCAGAGUGCACAAAAGGAAUUGCUGGCUGUGUGCAUUCUGUAAAGGAACCUUGCUUUUUGAGCCCUGGAGAGUGCUGUCUCCCACGCUUGUGGCUUCUACUCAUCAGGCUCAGGUGAGUCUGGAGAGGCCAGAAGAGUUUUCCAGUUAGUAACGGAUUCUUUCCAUUCUGGUUUCCUUCAGGUGAUUUGAAAUACUUCAGUAGCCCUUUUAUUUGAAACCAGAAUCAUUUUCCUUCCAUUCUUUGGAGCACAAUUGGAAGAAGAGCUCAGUAAAUUAAAAAAAAAGCCCACCCACACCUCCUAAUUAUUUGCCUUGUGGAUCUCUUCAUCCUCAUUCACCAUUCUUUCUGCUUCUUAACCUUGUCACUUCUUGCUUGUGCCUUUUGAUACCUUUUUGAUGCAGAUUAUAUAUACAAGGGAGCUUUAAAUUGAUUCUGGGUUGGCUGAGAAGGUGGGAGACUGGGGGCUUUGACCCCAACAUGCCCUUAAGCUUCGUUAUUUUUGUGUUCUGAGAUGUACUGAAUAAAUGUAAACCACUUGAGAGAUGUUAUUUAUGUCCCUGUACCACAGAAAUGUUCAGCGAGAGCGCUUUGGUGUCUUCUGGCACCAUAGGUGAGCCAUGAAGUCAUUUAUAAACCACCCUCAUCAACUCACCCCCAGUGUCCGUGCUGCUGCUUCCUCCAGUGUUGGUGAGUCCCUCGGAGAAAGCCCCCAGGGGUGCUUCAGGCAGCGGUAGGGAGGGGUUGUGUUGCUUCAGCCCUGCCUGCCCAAGCAAUACAGCCUUUCCCUCUGCAGAAAUGCACCGGGACCUUUCCAAACCAGCCUGAGGAACAGCACCAAGGAGCGGGGUUGGGGUUCGCCCGCAGCCCACCCUCCUCCCCUUGGCACUUGCUCUCGGGGUUGGCCGUUUCUGCCCAGCGCCAAGCCUGCAGCCAGGCUGAGGGAGAGGCUGGCUGCUCUUCCAGCCUCCCACCCGGCCAGCAGCUCCCCCAGGCGGCUGCGUUCUCCCUUCCUGCCCUCUCUCCAUUGCACUGCCGCGCCUCGUUGGCCAUGACCUGGGUUUGUACAGCCGCUGCUUUGAUACGCGAAGAGAAACCAGCACAGUAUUUUUGUAACAUUUGAGGACAAAAAAAAAGAGUUUAUAAAGACAAAACUGCGUCAGCUGGAUGUGACAUUCUCCUCCCUCACCCUCCUUACGCACAUUUUGUAUUUGCUGGCAAUAGUCCAACCUCUUUUCUGGCUUUGAUGAGUUAAUUCACACUAAAAUUCCUGGUGGACCGGCACGGAUUUUUCUUUUCUCUAAUGGUCUUCAGAUUCUCUCUCUCAGUUAACUUUUAUUUUGUUAGGAUUGUAUUUAUCAAGCCAAUAAAUUCAACAACAGCCAUUUGAAA